AUGAUGACACGGUCUCGCGCCGGUAUCCACUGCCCCAGCACGCGCUACGCUGCUGAUGAGUACGCGUGCGUGGUGUCGACAUCAUCCUCUCCACCGUCGCCCAUCCCCUCGUCCGCACGCGCCGCUCUCCGUGAUCCACAUUGGCUCGCCGCGAUGCGGGAGGAGUUUGAUGCGUUGCAGCGCAACUGCACGUGGCAUCUUGUGCCGCGAACCCCUCACGCCAACGUCAUCAGUGGCAAAUGGGUGUUUCGUCACAAGACCAACCCCGCCGGUUCUCUCGAGCGCUACAAGGCUCGUUGGGUGGUGCGCGGCUUCCGCCAGUGA